CUUAUUUUCCGCCAAACAAAAAAACAGAUAAAAAAAAUUACCUUCGCAACCAAGCACCCGAGAUAAGGUUUUUUCUACUUUUGUACAACUCCAAACUCAGAAGACACCAGCCAGCGGGACAGAGUGCCAACCAAGAUGACCGAACUGCGGAAUGACAUGGACAGCGACUUGGACCAGAACUACUCGCUCAACAGCAACGCAGACCCCAAGAACAUGCAGGAGCUGACCAUAUACGUACAAAAUCUGUUGCAGAACGUGCAGGACAAGUUCCAAACGAUGUCGGAUCAGAUAAUUACGCGCAUCGAUGACAUGGGCAACCGCAUCGAUGAUCUGGAGAAGAGCAUUGCGGAUCUGAUGAACCACGCUGGCAUCGAGGGGCCGGUACAGUAGAAAUGAGACGACCAAAGGUAGGCGUGGCCGCCCACCCAUCACACCCAU